AUGUCAGACACGGAGGAUGCCACAUAUGAUGAGGGACAAGAAGAGGAGGAGGAGGAGGUAGAAGAGGUAGCGGAGGAGGAGGAGGAGGAGGAGGAGGAGGAGGAGGAAGAUAAAGAUAAACAUGAGGACGAUGCAAAGCCUAAGUUAAAGUCUGGUUUCAUGCCCGGCCUGGCAGCUCCGAAGAUCCCAGAUGGAGAAAAAGUGGACUUUGAUGACAUUCAUCGAAAACGAAUGGAAAAGGACCUGACAGAGCUCCAGACUCUGAUUGAAGCUCACUUUGAGAAGCGUAAGAAGGAGGAAGAGGAGCUUGUCAACCUCACAGAUCGCAUUGAGAAACGCAGAUCAGAGAGAGCAGAGCAGAUGAAGAUCAGAGCAGAGAGAGAAAGAGAGCGGCAGAACAAAAUGGCUGAAGAGAAAGCAAGGAAAGAAGAGGAGGAGGCCAAGAAGAAAGCAGACGAUGAUGCAAGGAAGAAGAUGAUUCUAUCAAACUUGAGUUUCACUGGAUACAAGCAGACACAGACUGGGGGAAAAAGACAAACGGAGAGAGAAAAGAAGAGGAAGAUCCUAAAUGACCGACGCAAGGAGUUAAACAUUGAUCACUUGAAAGAUGACAAACUCAGGGAAAAAGCCAAGGAGCUGUGGGACUGGAUGCGUGAGCUAGAGGCAGAGAAAUUUGAGCUUCAGUACAAGUGCACGAAGCAGAAGUAUGAGAUCACCGUGCUGAGAAACCGGGUCACUGAUCAUCAGAAAAUUUCAAAGGGGAGCAGGAGCAAGCGUGGUCUGAGGAAGUGACCUCUGACAUCAACCGGAGGAAAACUGGCUACAUCUGACAUCAGUGAAAUCAUUGAGUGGCAGAUACUGAAUUAUAAUGUUUUCUAAAUACUUGAAAAAUGCUAGAACAUAAUUAUAACUAUGAAAACACCAAAAGAUGUUCUUAAAUAAGUUAGCUGUGAAAUGAAGUGCAGCAGUAUAACCGAGUCUCUGAUUGCAGACUGAUCAGGCGAUGUGGUGCAGCUCAUGUUUUUUUUUUA